CAUACAAAAUUAACAUGAAUUUUAAGCAAAACCAGUUGUGCUAGUAUAACGAAUGGACAUUUUAUAAUCAAUUUAUAUUUUUUAAUUAUCUUAAAAAUGUUAUCGUUAUCAUUAUUUUCAACUUGGACGCUUCUAAUUCAUUAUAAAUUUAGUUGUUGAUGUACGUCUGAACAAUCACUACGCAAUGAAAAGAGUGCCCAUUUUUUGUGCCCUUUUGUCACUUGCACAAUGUGCAAACAUUCUUUUUGUCACCUCAUUUCCAAGUCACAGUCAUCAAGUCAUGUUUCAACCAGUUUGGAAAGAACUUUCUCUGAGAGGUCACAAUGUGGUUGCCAUCACACCAAAUCCUUUAAGAGAUGAAAGUUUAACAAAUCUUACCGAAGUCGACAUUAGUAAGGUAUACGAAAAGAUACAGGAGGCACGUAAAAAUGAAGACACAAAACAGUGGCGAUAUUAUCUGACGCAGAAGCCAGGUUUUCUCACAGUUUUUAUAAAAGAUAUAAUAAUGACAAUGAUAUUUAAUCAAAUGCAUGAAACUAUUUUAAACCUGCCAAACAUGCAAGAAUUUUUGAAGCAAGACCAUAAAUUCGACGUUGUAAUUGUUGAAUGGCUCUAUCCAACCUUUGCAGCUUUCGGAGCAAAAUACAAAGCUCCAAUGAUUGGAAUUACAUCUUUAGGUGCUCCAAUCCCCGCUUUAGACACUGUAGGAAACCCAUCUCAUCCCGUUUAUGCUCCCGACCAUAACUUACCAGUGGGCAGGGAUAUGACGUUCAGAGAAAGACUUUUGUCUGCCCUGUGGGCAUUUUAUGUAAGAAUUACUUAUCACACAAUUAUUUUACCUAGGGAAGAUGCCCUGGCCAGAAAAUACAUGGGUGAAGAUUUGCCAUAUUUGGGAGAUAUCGAGCGAAACGUUAGCUUGUUGCUCUUAAAUAGGAAUCCUGUUUUUCAUAAAACUAUGCCAGUCGUACCUGCAAUUGUAGAACUUGGUUACAUGAAAAAGAACAAAUCCGAAUCAUCACUGAAUGUUGAAAUAAAAAAAUUCUUAGACCAGUCUAAGAACGGUGUUGUUUACUUCAGUUUAGGCUCGAAUAUUAUGCCUUCAAUUUUACCUCAGGAAGUUAUAAAAGAAAUUGUGGAAACCUUUAGAAUCAUUCCCUAUGACGUUAUUUUUAAAUGGGAUCAAGACACCUUGGAGAACAAACCAAAGAAUGUGUUGCUAACAAAGUGGGUACCGCAAGAGGCAGUACUACGUCAUAAGAACACGAAAUUGUUUGUGACACAAGGAGGUUUGCAGUCAAGUGAUGAGGCUAUAAUUAAUCAAAUACCAAUUAUUGGAAUACCAUUUUUUUCUGAUCAAACUUCAAAUGUUGACACAAUGGUGAAAUAUGGUAUGGGAAAAGUGCUGGACUAUUCUGAUUUGACUGUGGAGAAAUUUUCUGCCUAUAUUAAAGAAGUCAUAACUGAUCCUAGUUAUAAGGAAAAUGCAAAGAAACUUUCACAACUGUACACUGAUCAACCAACUGAUGCUUUGGAAAAAGCGGUUUGGUGGAUUGAGUAUGUAAUCAGACACAAAGGUGCUUCACAUCUAAGAAGCAGUGCUAUGGAUAUUCCUUGGUAUCAAUAUUUGAUGCUGGAUAUUUUUGCAUUUAUCAGUAUUAUAUUAAUUGUAAUUAUAAUUAUACUUAAGCUUAUUAUUAAGUUAUUUUUUGUUGUAUUUCGAAAAAUACUUUAUUGUAAAAAAUAUGUGUUUAAGAAUAAAAAAGAAUAAAUCUUUACAUUGAU